AUGCCUGCCCCCAGAAAAUUUCUGGUGGCGUCCACCUCGCUGCCACUGGCUCUGGGUUGGGGCUGGAACCUGAGCCUGUAUGUGGGGCUGCUCCUUGGACUACUGUUGCUCAUGAUGCUUCUUCUGUGGGUGCUCCUCAAGCAGCUGAGGAACUCAGUGGGAAAAACCACCUUGCAGCCUGUUCGAUCUUUCAGAAAGCCUUGCUUUGAUCAGAGGCUCCAUCACGUAUCCCAUGAGACACUGCAGCCUCCCCAAGAGCCAGGAGGAUUUUUAAGGGGCAGAAGGGAGCCACAGAUCAUUUCUAGGCAGAAAGGAGCCAGACACCAAUUGGCGUACAGAGGCAGCGUUAGACCAUACGUCAACUUCAACGCCAAGCAUGACGCUGAAAUUCUCCAUAAGGCCAUGAAAGGAAUCGGUACGGAUGAAGACGCCAUCCUCAUGCUUCUGACAGCACGUAGCAAUGAUCAACGGCAGCAAAUUAAGGCAGCGUACAAAAAGGCAUAUGGAAAGGACUUGGUCAGCGCAUUGAAAUCUGAGCUGGGAGGCCUUUUUGAGACUCUGAUUGUGGCUUUGAUGACUCCCCGUGGCACUUACGAUGCCUCUCAGCUCCACAAGGCUCUCAAGGGUGCUGGGACUGAUGACGAAGUGUUGAUUGAGAUCAUGGCCUCCAGGACCGGAGAAGAGAUUAAAGAUAUCAUCAAAGUUUACAAGAAAGAGUUCGGCAACAAGCUGGAGAAAGAUAUCUGCGGUGAUACCUCGGGGCACUAUCAGAAACUACUCGUGAUCCUCCUCCAGGGAAGCAGGGAGGAGGAAAUAGAUGAAGGAAAGAUUGAGAAAGACGCUAAGGACUUGUAUGCUGCCGGUGAGGGCAAGUUCGGCACAGAUGAGGAAAAAUUCAUCAACAUUCUUGGCAACAGGAGCGUAGAGCAUCUUAGAAAAGUAUUUGACGCGUACAAGAAGAUUGCCGGUUGUGAUAUAGAGGAGAGCGUUAAAGGAGAAACCACUGGGAAUUUGGAGAAUUUGCUCCUCGCCGUUGUAAAAUGUGUCAAGAGUGUCCCAGCGUUUUUUGCUGAAUCUCUGUAUAAGUCAAUGAGGCGUGCUGGAACAGAUGACGACACCCUGAUGAGGAUAAUGGUGUCGAGGAGCGAGGUGGACAUGUUGGACAUCAGAGCCUGCUUUAAGAAGAUGUACGGAGCAUCUCUUUACACCACUAUCCAGGAGGACACGGCAGGAGACUACCAGAAGGCCUUGCUCUACCUCUGUGGUGGGAAUGAUUAAUGCUGUUUUAUGAUGAUCUCAGCAGCAACGACCGAAGGGCCACUAUGGUGCUGUGAGACAAAGCUACUCAUGAGAUGAGUUUAUUGAUCCAGGGUUGUUGAUUCUCUUUGUCUUUAGUUUGCUAUCGAUUGAAUUAGUGUGAAUUACCUGCUUGUCAUUUCGACUUGUGACAGUAUCCACAUCUUGAACAGCAUCAUUUAAGCAUCACUGCCGAAAGUUUUUGUUACAACCACAAAUGUGACAUCUUUGAUUUAACAUACAGGUGAGAUUUAACU